AUGGCGACUCCUUACAAUGGCACCAGCGAUCAUGCCGACGAUGGCUACUCGUCUGGCGUCUCUGACCUCAACAUAUUCUAUGAGACAGGCCACUUGGUCUUCCUGGUCACCAGCGCCGUGCUCGUUCUUCUCAUGAUUCCCGGCGUGGGUUUCUUCUACAGUGGUCUUGCUCGUCGCAAGUCGGCCCUGACAUUGAUCCUCUUGUCAAUGGUCUCUGUCGCUGUCAUCAGUUUCCAGUGGUUCUUCUGGGGUUAUUCCUUGACCUUUUCGCGAACUGGAAAUGCCUUCUUUGGCGAUCUCACCCAGUUCGGUCUCAUGGAGACACUUGCUCAGCCCAACGGCUCCUCUGCUCUCCCUGAUAUUCUCUUCUGUCUUUACCAGGGCAUGUUUGCUGCUAUUACACCUGCUCUUGCCAUUGGUGCUGUGGCAGACAGAGGUCGCAUCCUCCCGGCCAUCGUCUUCAUGUUCCUCUGGUCCACCAUCGUCUACGACCCUAUCGCAUACUGGACCUGGAACGCUAACGGCUGGCUCUUCAACCUUCCCAGCUACGACUUUGCAGGAGGCGGUCCCGUUCACGUCGCUUCAGGAACAUGCGCCCUUGCUUACUCCCUGAUGCUCGGCAAGCGUACUGGCUACAACCGCAACAAUGGUCUCCCCUACCGUCCUCACAACGUCACUCAUGUCGUUCUCGGCACGGUUUUCCUCUGGGUCGGUUGGUUUGGAUUCAACGGCGGUUCAGCUCUUGCUAUGAACAUCCGCGCCAUCAUGGCAUGCUAUGUGACCAACCUGGCUGCCUCAUGCGGUGCUAUCGCCUGGAUCCUACUUGAUUAUCGUCUUGAGAAGAAGUGGAGCACAAUUGGUUUCUGCUCCGGCGCCAUCUCUGGUCUUGUCGCUAUUACUCCCGCCGCUGGCUUCGUCAAGCCUUGGGCUGCGGUCAUCAUCGGAAUUUGCGGUGGUGUUGUAUGCAACUUUGCUACCAAGCUCAAGUUCGUCAUGAACAUUGACGACAGUCUUGAUAUCUUUGCUAUCCAUGGAGUUGGUGGUAUGGCUGGUAACAUCCUCACCGGUAUCUUUGGAACUAAAUCCAUCGCUGCUCUUGAUGGUGGAGAGUACGACCCCAUCGGCUGGGUCGAUAGCCACUGGGUCCAGUUGGGUUACCAAAUUGCUGGUACUCUAGCCUGCUUCGCCUGGUCUUUUGUACUGACCUGCCUUCUGCUCUUCAUUCUCAACCUCAUCCCUGGUCUGUCUCUGCGCGUAGCUCCCGAGGAGGAAGAGCUUGGUACAGAUGAUGGACAGUUGGGCGAGUUUGCGUAUGAUUAUGUUGAGAUGACCCGCCACAUGGCUGAUAGCACACAUCCCAACUCUGAUGCAAGUGCGCGAACCAGUCAUGAGAAGGUCUAG